GAACGUCAAGUGUUUGUUUAUCAGUCGGAAUGCCUAACCUGCUUGGUUGAGUGAAGUGAUCUCUCAAAGGAGUCAGUAGCGAAAGUAGUAUGUCUUCCCAAAAUGUCAUAUCACGCAAGGGUUUCCAAUAAAAUCGAGGAUGCUUUAUAUUCAAUGCUGUGUUAUCGGUCGGAAUUCUCCCUUGGUAGAAGUGAUGAAGAGUCCCCAGUCUUAACACAAUGAAUCCCAAUGAAUCGCUGCUGCUUGUCGUUUGCUGCUUGUCGUUUGCCGCUUGUUGCUUUUUGUCUUCGCUGCUGUGCUUUCAAUCGGAAACUAUACCUCAAUGCCUGGUAAUUGCAACGAUCUCAAGAUGUAAAGAAUCAAAGGCAAAGAAUGAGAACCAAGUCUUCUCCAGGUUUUUGUCACCAGUUGUCUCAGUUGAUUAAUAGAAAUCCCAAUGGUAUAUAUGCCCUUCUUGUGAACCUCGAAAUGCUCGCAAGUGCACAUAGGAGGGGAAGAAUUGAUAUCUGUGCCUCAGGCACAUACUCCACCUCAUCUCAGAUUUUGUGCCCGCCAAAACACAGCAAUCGCGAUAGGAAGAAGAAAAAAAAAAUCAAAUAUCGAUCAAUUCACAUUCAUUAAGAUCUCAUAUUAUUUCCACAAACCGGUCCUAAAACUUGCACUCCUCCAGAUCCGUGAAGAUGUUCGCUCUCCGCCGCAAUAUUCCAUCCACCCUCUCUCGCAACUUCUCCACCAGCGCUCGCAAUAAUACCUUCGCCAAACUCACACUCAUUGGUCGUCUCGCUGAUAAGCCUGAAAUAACUGCCACAAGCCAGGGACAAGAAAUUAUGAAAUAUGCCGUCGGUACUAGCACUGGCAGAGGAGAGAAUCAAAAGACUAGUUGGUUUCGGGUAGUGAGCUUCUUGCCAGAAGGACCACAGAGAGAUUUCAUCUCGAGUUUGGACAAAGGAACCUUGGUAUAUGUAGAAGCUGAGGCGCAAAUGAAUAACUACCAAGAUGCCGAUGGGAAGAACAGAAGUUCUAUGAGCGCAGUUCAACAGAGAAUCGACGUCCUGCAAUUCAAGAAGCCUCAAGAUGCAAGCGCAUAGAUCAAAUGGCCAUGAAUAUAUGAUUUCUAUGAAAGAUGGAAUGGAUGAUAGGAUGUAAACAGACUUACUUUUCGAUUCGCGUGUGUAUGUAAUAUCAAAUUUGGGCGGCGCAAAAGGCACCAUACUUCCAAGGCAGUGUGUAAGGGAACAUGUCGAUGAGAACAUUACUAGUCAAGGCACCUUUCUCAAUGAGGGCAUCACAAGUCAGCUACUAUCUCAAACCAUGAAUUUAUUUUCUUCACUCCACGUUCGAUUCA